AUGAACUCCGUCCGAGCCGCCAACCGGAGACCCAGGCGAGUGUCGCGGCCGCGCCCGGUGCAGCCCCAGCAGCAGCAGCAGCCCCCGCAGCAGCCGCCGCCGCCGCAGCCGCCCCAGCAGCAGCCGCCGCCGCAGCAGCAGCCCCCGCCGCCGCCGCAGCAGCAGCCUCCACCGCCGCCGCCGCCGCCGCCGCCCCAGGAGCGGAACAACGCCGGCGAGAGGGAUGAUGAUGUACCUGCAGAUAUGGUUGCAGAAGAAUCAGGUCCUGGUGCACAAAACAGUCCUUACCAGCUUCGUAGAAAAACUCUUUUGCCGAAAAGAACAGCGUGUCCUACAAAGAGCAAUAUGGAGGGUGCCUCAACUUCAACGACAGAAAACUUUGGUCAUCGUGCAAAACGUGCAAGAGUAUCUGGAAAAUCACAAGAUUUGGCAGCAGCACCUGCUGAACAGUAUCUUCAGGAGAAAUUGCCAGAUGAAGUGGUUCUAAAAAUCUUCUCUUACUUGCUGGAACAGGAUCUUUGUAGAGCAGCUUGUGUGUGUAAACGCUUCAGUGAGCUUGCUAAUGAUCCAAUUUUGUGGAAACGAUUAUAUAUGGAAGUAUUUGAAUAUACCCGUCCUAUGAUGCAUCCUGAACCUGGCAAAUUCUAUCAGAUUAAUCCAGAAGAAUAUGAACAUCCAAAUCCUUGGAAAGAGAGUUUCCAGCAGUUGUAUAAAGGUGCACAUGUAAAGCCAGGAUUUGCUGAACAUUUCUACAGUAACCCUGCAAGAUAUAAAGGAAGAGAAAAUAUGUUGUAUUAUGAUACAAUUGAAGAUGCCCUUGGUGGGGUACAAGAAGCUCAUUUUGAUGGACUUAUCUUUGUUCAUUCUGGAAUAUAUACUGAUGAAUGGAUAUAUAUUGAAUCUCCAAUCACCAUGAUUGGUGCAGCACCCGGAAAAGUAGCAGACAAAGUUAUAAUUGAAAACACUAGAGAUUCAACCUUUGUUUUUAUGGAAGGUUCUGAGGAUGCUUAUGUUGGAUAUAUGACAAUAAGGUUUAAUCCUGAUGACAAAUCUGCUCAACACCACAAUGCACACCACUGCUUAGAGAUUACAGUAAAUUGUAGUCCUAUUAUUGAUCACUGUAUCAUCAGAAGUACAUGUACAGUUGGCUCUGCCGUAUGUGUUAGUGGUCAAGGAGCAUGUCCCACUAUCAAGCACUGUAAUAUCAGCGACUGUGAAAAUGUUGGACUUUAUAUAACAGAUCAUGCACAGGGAAUAUAUGAAGAUAAUGAAAUUUCCAAUAAUGCUUUGGCUGGGAUUUGGGUUAAAAAUCAUGGAAACCCAAUUAUUAGAAGGAAUCAUAUUCAUCAUGGACGUGAUGUUGGUGUGUUCACAUUUGAUCAUGGCAUGGGUUACUUUGAAAGUUGCAACAUACACAGAAACAGGAUAGCAGGCUUUGAGGUAAAAGCUUAUGCUAACCCCACAGUGGUUCGAUGUGAAAUUCAUCAUGGACAGACUGGAGGAAUAUAUGUCCACGAAAAAGGACGAGGACAGUUCAUAGAGAAUAAAAUCUAUGCAAACAACUUUGCAGGUGUAUGGAUUACCUCAAAUAGUGACCCAACGAUAAGGGGGAAUUCUAUAUUUAAUGGAAAUCAAGGGGGAGUUUACAUCUUUGGUGAUGGACGAGGCCUUAUUGAAGGAAAUGACAUUUAUGGAAAUGCAUUAGCAGGAAUUCAGAUUAGAACAAACAGUUGUCCAAUUGUUCGACAUAACAAAAUUCAUGAUGGCCAGCAUGGUGGAAUUUAUGUGCAUGAGAAAGGACAAGGUGUAAUAGAAGAGAAUGAAGUUUAUAGUAAUACUCUAGCUGGAGUUUGGGUGACAACUGGCAGCACUCCAGUGCUGAGAAGAAACAGGAUACACAGUGGCAAGCAGGUUGGUGUUUAUUUUUAUGACAAUGGACAUGGAGUGCUAGAAGACAAUGAUAUCUAUAAUCAUAUGUAUUCAGGGGUUCAGAUAAGGACUGGAAGCAAUCCCAAAAUUAGGCGCAACAAAAUCUGGGGAGGACAGAAUGGUGGAAUUCUAGUUUAUAAUUCCGGUCUUGGCUGUAUAGAAGACAAUGAAAUAUUUGACAAUGCAAUGGCUGGCGUCUGGAUUAAGACGGAUAGUAACCCUACACUAAGAAGAAAUAAAAUCCAUGAUGGAAGAGAUGGUGGCAUCUGUAUAUUUAAUGGGGGUCGAGGUCUCCUUGAAGAAAAUGAUAUUUUCAGGAAUGCUCAAGCAGGUGUUCUCAUCAGCACUAAUAGUCAUCCAGUCUUACGGAAAAACAGAAUAUUUGAUGGAUUUGCUGCAGGUAUUGAAAUUACAAAUCAUGCAACUGCAACAUUAGAAGGCAAUCAGAUUUUUAACAACCGGUUUGGAGGCUUAUUUUUAGCAUCUGGUGUUAAUGUGACAAUGAAAGAUAACAAAAUAAUGAACAAUCAAGAUGCCAUAGAAAAGGCUGUUAGUAGAGGCCAAUGUUUAUAUAAAAUAUCAAGUUAUACCAGCUAUCCCAUGCAUGACUUCUACAGAUGUCACACUUGUAACACCACAGAUCGAAAUGCCAUAUGUGUGAAUUGCAUUAAGAAGUGCCAUCAGGGACAUGAUGUAGAAUUUAUUAGACAUGAUAGGUUUUUCUGUGACUGUGGUGCUGGAACACUGUCUAAUCCCUGUACAUUAGCUGGUGAGCCUACACAUGAUACAGAUACACUAUAUGACUCUGCUCCACCUAUAGAAUCUAAUACAUUGCAGCACAACUGA